AUGGCGUCAUCAUCAGCGUCACCUCCUUCAGCGGCAUCUAGCUCCAGUCUCCCAGCUACAAAAAAGUCCGUUUCCACAACUGGAAUUAAAACUGAAUUACCUAAAACAUACCAAUUUGUGGUUGAUAUGCAAGAUGUAAAUCGUUUACUUGAAAUGAGACAAAAAUUUUAUAAAAAAGAAAGUGAUCGAAAAUUGCUCAAAUUAGGAAUUCCGUUAAUUAGUGAAACAGAUGAUAAUAAUUUAUCAACAGAUGAACCAUCUGGAAGUUCAACAACAAAUAAACAAAUAAAGCAUCGUGAUAUCGAAUGGUUAUAUGUCAUAUUACCCUAUGUUAAACUAUACAAUCCACAUUGCGGUUUAUGUGCUUCAACAAAGAACUAUGGCCGUCGAUUAGAUACCGCUCAAAGUUAUUUAUUACGUGUUUAUUUCUAUUGUCAAGCAAAUGGUUGUGGUUGCCCAUUUCAAUGUAUCGUCACUGUAAAAGACAAUGGUAAAGCGCUACUUUGCACACGUUCGUCAAAUGGACAUAUUGUUGAUCAUACAAAAGCAAAACGUGUCAUGCGACCAAAUCGAGCUGUUGGUCGAGCUGUACAACAACGUAAACGAGAACAACAGAAAGAAUCAACUGAACAUAAUAAUACUAUUGACGAAUGGAAUCAAUCAGUUUUUAAUGAUACAAAUGAUUUUAACAAUAAUUAUCAUCUUAAUAAUACAAGUACUACAAAUACAAGUAUAAUGAGUACUAGUAGUGGUGAUUUUGAAGAAACAAUUCGUGCAUCAUCUACAAAAAGAUUUGUCAAUAUGUGUUUCAAUUUAACACAAUUAGCAGCCACACUAAGAACAGAAAUUAAUUCAAAUGGACUGUUAUUGGGUGCAAUACAAACAAUUUCUAUAUCUCCAUUUUAUGUUACUUUGCAUACAGAAUCAUCGAUACGUUAUUAUAAUUCACAAUUAACAAGAAAACAUCAAGUAAAAACAGCUGGACCACCAUUGACACAAUUUACCAUUCCACCAUCAAGUUCAAGUCAAAUCAUAAUAAUUGAUAAUGGAGCAUUCCAGACAACAACACAAGCAUUACAACAGUGUGAACAAUCAAUUGCUUGUAUGAUAUGUGAAUCAGUUGAACAUGAUGGAAGAAAAUUACAUUAUUAUGAAUUAAUGUUAACAAAUAAUGAUGAUACAUCGUUAAUACCCAUUACUUUGACAUAUACUGAUGGUGCUGAUUUAUCUGUUUCAAAUAAUGAAGUUGAAUUAGCUUUUUGGUUAAAGCGUUUUUUAUGGGAUCAUGAACAAUUAUACAAAUCAUCGUCACCACAAAAUUAUUAUUUUCCUCAACCAUCAGUUUUAUUAGUAAAUUCUCAUCGUGAUAAUAUAUUAAAUAAUGUUUGUUUAGAAUUUUUUAAUCAAGAAAAUUUUAAACAAUAUUUACAACGUACUUAUAUUUGUCUAACUAAUCGUUUGCCACAAGAUAGUUUACCGCGUGUUUAUGCAAAAAAAAUUAAUAAUAAAAAUGAUGGAAAAAUACCGAUACAAGAUCAACUACCACCACAACCAAAAACAAUUUUAUUUGUUUGUUCAACAACAAUUUUAUAUGAAUUUCGUUUAUUGGCUAUGAAACAUGUUUCAACAGAAUUAAGACAAUUGGCAUUAUGGUCAAGUCUUCUUUUAUUGUAUACAAAUAAUUGGAAUGAUAUUAAAUUAAGUUGGUCAUUAAUAUGUGAAAUAUUUUUAAAUUGGGGAACGAAUUAUGUGUCGUUAAAGUCCUAUGAACAAUUAUGUGAUAAAGUGGCUAAAAUAGAAAAUGAUCCGGAUAUAAUGUCUGUCUAUAAUAAUGUCUAUGAUGGUAUGGAAAAUAAUAAUGGAAUUAAAGGUGAACAAUUUGAUGAAAUAGACAAUGAAAAUGAUGGUGAAGAAGACGAUGAUAAAAGUACAACGAAUGAAAUCGAUUUAUCAGAUUUUCAAAAUGAUCAUUUUUAUACAAAUAAAAUGCUCAGUAGUGAAUCAAAUAUAUUUGUAUCACCAUAUGAAACUGAUCUGAAGAAAAUUUUUAAUGAAAAAAAUAAAUCAAAAAAUGCUUUAUUAGCAUCAUUCGAUUCAUUAUCAAAUACGGAUAAAAUUAUAUUAAAAAAAAUUAAAGGUAAUUAUAAAUGGUUACAUUCUUUACUCAAAGAAUAUAUACCAACAUUACCAUUGUGGAGUAAUCUCAUUCAUUCAAUAUCAAAUAAUCAUAAAACUAUACGAUUAAAUAAACGUGUACAACGUAUCAUGGCAUCAAAAGAUCGACGAUUGAAUAAUAUUAAACGUAUACAAUUAGCUGAAAAAGUACAUGGAAGAACCGAUUUAGUUAUUGAACGACUAGCAAAAGACAUGGUGAAUGUUGUAUCAGCGGCUGAUACAAAAAAUAUUUGA